CCGGACGGGACUGGGGGCUGGGGUCGAGGCUUGGACGGAGGAUUGUUUUCCAUGUUUUGGCCCUGGCUGGUCAGUUCUGAAAACUGCGGGCACCGGGCGUUUCCUGGGCCGCGCACACAGAGGCGUAAUCUUGGUCCUUCCCGGCCUACGUAGGUUGACGUAAGCGUUGCAUCGCCUCAGAGGUCGGGAAGGGUCAAUAUUUUAAAAUUCAAGUCUCUUUUGUAGAUGUGAGCGCGGGUUGUAUGAGGCUAACUUAGUUUCUCGACCACGCAAACGGCGAAGGUAACAGGACGUUUCAGCCGGGAGCAGGGAGACUCUCCCUCGGAGCCGACGCGGCCGAGCCACGCGUCACUUCCGUCGCAGCGGGGCUGGGCGGUGCCAAGAUGGACGCUGCGCGGGCCCGGGAGCAGCUCCGGCGGCGGUACCUGUUUCCUGCCGAGGCCCGGCCGGACGGCGAGGGCGACGCCAGGCCCGAAAACUCCACAGCUGUUGAGAAAAAGGAGAAGCCUCUUCCAAGGCUUAAUAUCCAUUCUGGAUUCUGGAUUUUGGCAUCCAUUAUUGUGACCUAUUAUGUUGAUUUCUUUAAAACCCUUACAGAAAAUUUUCAUACUAAUAGUUGGUUUCUCUUCGGCAGUGCCUUGUUGCUUGUGAGUGUGUCCGUUGCACUGUACUGUAUAGUCUAUCUGGAGUGGUACCGUGGCAUUGAAGAGUAUGAUGUUAAGUUUCCAGCACUGGUGCCUGUUACCACCGCUACUUUCAUUGCAGCAGGAAUUUGCUUCAACGUUGCUUUGUGGAAUGUGUGGUCAUUUUUCACUCCCUUGCUGUUGCUUACCCAGUUUAUGGGAGUUGUGAUGUUCAUCUCACUCCUUGGAUGAUUUCUGAAGACUUAAGAACACAACAGUUAAAGUGAAUGAUGGGACAUCAGCUUGCUGAACCCAUCACCGACAGAUAAUAAUGAAAAAUUACAAUGUGCUCUGGUGUCUCUGGUGUGAGUAGUUUCCUCGGAGAAAAUUUGACUUCAUAGCAUAAACUGUUGCUUAAAUGAGAAUAAAUUAUAUUUACUUGCAUGCUCGUAAACAAGUGAUUAAUUUUUUUGUGGUACAUAGAAGUCACUAUUUUGCAGUGUUAAUCUAUUUGAAUCUUUGGAAGAAGUAGUGGUUUUAUUAUGUGAACACAAUGUACUCCCAAUUUUAAAAAUCCUGUUUUCUCCCACUGAAGGGCUAGCAGAUUGUUGUGUAAAGAGAUUGGUCAUAUAUAAAGGAAUUGUCUUGUGCCUGUAGCCCAGCAUUAGUAAUCACUACAUGUCUCUUUGUAGGGGGCUUUUGAAGUGAGGACCAAGUGGAAGUCUGUGCUUUUUUAUUUCAUUUUAUUUUAUCAUGGUGUAAUUGAAGGGCUUUUUAGUAUUUUUAAACAAUAAACUUUUAAUCAUUUCUAAUUGUAUAUAACUUUUCUGUAACACUUCAAUAAAAAUAUUUUUCCACUUGUGCAUUUUUUAAUACAAACUUGAGAAUAGUUUUAUGUUUUUAGCUGUUAGCAUUUUAACUGUAGAAAUAAUGGAGACCUGUCUUUAGAGCAGUUUACUGUACUCUUAAAAGACCACAAGAAGACAGUGUUUGUACAUUCAAAUAUAAACAUGCUCCCAUUAAACCUGUCAUAAGUAUGCUGA